UCGUCGGUGUCUUCACCUUUGUUCAGUUGUACACAAAAACAUCACUCUGCAUAUGCUUGGAUGGAGGGGAGACAAACCUUAGACAUAGACCUGGAGCAGAAAGGGUUUAUAGUGCUCUGAGAAACCAUGUUUAAGGAGAUGCUCCUCUACAGUGAAAUUACAGAAAUAUUUCUGUUAACAUCUGAGUGUUUUUGGCAAUUUCAAUUUUCACACUACUGGAUGAAAAACUUGUGUAUUUGACACAUGAUAAUUGAGAGCCUAUUUCUUCUCAAAGUUCAUCUUUAUUUAGGGAUAUGGAAAAUAUUACCUUAUUAAUGCCAAUUGGAAGAACAAAUAUUGCUGCUGUUGGUAAUAAAAAAUGUUGGCAAGCUAAAAGCUAGGCUAGGUAAACGAUACACCCAUUAAAAAAUAAUCGUCAUUACCAUCAUAAUAAAGGGGAGGCUAGAGUCAAUGAUUUGUCUUAACCUCUAUUAUUGUUCAACUUUAUUAUAAUAGUUCUUAAAGAAUUUCUGGUUGUUUGGUAAUAUCCUGUUCAUUUGAUGGUUUCUGGCUGAUGUCCAGUCAAGGCAAAGUAAAAUGAAAGCAGAGUCCAUUGAAAUUGAUUAUGUGGUGCAGUGCAUCAAGCUGCAAGCCCGUUUUGCUGCUUGUAUUUGUGUGCUGCAUGAGCAUCAGAUUAUUUUUCAAAUUGCAACUGUUAUUGCACUGAGAAGACUGGGCGUUUGCUGCAUUUUCCAAUCAGCCAGCAUGCUCACGCACCUCAGCCUCGCAGGUUUGAAAUGGAUGGCGUCAGAGUGGAAUGCAAUGGAGUUAAAAUGAGUGCCCUUUGACUAUUGCGAUUCGCCUUCUGGUGCAUUGUGGCCUGGCUUGAAGUACUCCGCUUCCUGGCGCUCCAUGCCUGGCACCGACAUGUGCUCCAUCACCAGAAGUGGAGGGAAGCCCCCCCCCAUGACUCCAGCUUACUUUUCCCAACCCAGCUCAAGUCUCUCAUUCGCCGCACCAAGGAGACGCCCAACGUGCACCCCAUGUACCGCGACGGCCAGUUGAGGCGUAAACUGGGUCCCGUCAUCUUCACCAAGACCGGUUCCCAGGACCGCCUUAUAGCAGAGCUGCAAGGGAAGCUGGGAAUCGAACGCGCGCUGGAGCACCGGCGCAAGCAGCAGGCGGACGACUGGCUCACUGAGGGGGUCGUCGUCAUGAGCAACCCGCAGCGCACGCGGGAAGAUGGGGUCUCGCCAGUGGACAAGAUCAUAAUUUCUCCUGACUCGCCUGUCCCUCAGAGAAAAAUCAUCCUGCCUCCACAACCCCCCCCAGCGCCCAAAAAGCUACCCCCUGCCAAGCAGAUGCCUCUGCCCUUGCCUCCGCCCCCACCUCCCACAGCCACUCCCAGGGAGCCCACCCUUUUUCCGCCACACGCCCCUACCCCAACGCCUGUGGGGUGUCAGACUACCCCUCACUGGACGCGUACACCCAGAGAUCCGUCCCCGCCACCCGGGACAUCCACCCCUGCCCCGGCCAGACAAAACAGUCCCCCUCCCAAACCUGUCACACCACCUCCUGCCCCCAAAGUCUUUGCAUCUGUUGGCUGCCAGACCGAGUAUGAUCCCGUCUUCCCACCAAUGGAGGCAUGGAACACUCUCAAUCCACGUCGUUCUUUUCCGUUCCUCCCUUUCUCUCUGUCGCUCCUCACUUCUUGUUGUCACCAUCAUCAUCAGCUAUAUAUGCUUAAUCUUCUGGUUUGUAUUGUAGUCAGUGGACUGUGUUUCCAAAACAACAGUUUGUGUAUCUCUUGGAGAGGGGUUGUGAUGAUGUAGGUGUUCUUUAAGGAUGUGUUCGGUUCGGUGUAGGUUGCCAUGAACCGUCGUGACGGGGCGACGUCGUGACUCUUACAGCCACCCUGUUCUGCAUCUUGUCAUGGUGCUGGAAUGGUUGGCCCGCAAAGCCACCGAAACUUAAUCUGGCACAUGGCAGCACCAUUACCUCCUACCAGAGGAUUCUCCUCAACAGGGGUCCAGUAUAAGCUUUACUUUUGACUGUGUAACUGCCCAAAACAUUUCAACUAAGACCUAGCCAAUCGGAACCCAUUGAAAUACUAUUUAGUUGACUUCAGAGUCUUCUGUAUUGUUAUAAUAAGACAGUACUGCUCUCUCUAUAUACAGUACCAAUCCCCUUUAGAUAAGCAUGUCAAGUCCAAAAACUAAUUUGAUUUAACUUGUUUAUUUUAUAGUAAAUUCAGCCUGUGUAACCUUUUCACAUGUGGACCUUUGACUAUAUUAGGGAGGACAAGAAGGGGAAUGCUUUUACUGUGGCCAGCCUAAGUCACACCUGUGCAAUAAUCAUGCU